CUCAACUGCACUGCUUCACUGUGAGCUGGAGCUCACGGUUUGAUGGUGCAAUGCCGGAGAGCGAUUUAGCGUCAGUGAUUCCUGCGCAGCUGUCGUUCCUCGCUAUAUACAACCCCCGCCUCGGUCCGACCGACGAGACAAUCCGCGACCAAGUCGUCUUCUAUACAUCUCGAUCGGGUCGAUCGCGCCGACGUGAAGGCUCCGCAGCUGACGAUGGCGACCAAUACUCCAACGAUUACUGGAAUGAGAUAUUGCGACAGAUAGGUCUGGCACAGGGCAUGGUAGGCUUUGCCAGGGACUUUUCGCAAGGAAAAGCAGUCGAUUACGUCGAAACCGAAAAAUCGCAGAUUAUCCUACACGAACUUGAGAAGGACUGGUGGAUUUUAGCUUCUGUCGACCUGACUCGCCUCCCACUUGAUCAACCUAGCACAACUUCCUCCCAGCGCGAUGCCUCGUCUCCUUCAUUCAGCUAUUCCUCAAGGGAGAUGUCUCCUCCUGCUUUGCUAAUACAACAACUGCGUCGAGCCCACUCCAUCUUUCUUCUCCACCACGAUUCGACACUUGACGCCUUAUACAGUCGUGUUGGCAGACCUACAUUCUGUGCUCUCCUUGAUAAUUUCUGGUGGAAGUUCUCAUGGACCUGGGAGGUUCUUCUAAGCGGAAACCCCGCUGUAGACAUAUACAAUGGCGUCAAGCUCUCCGCUGGGGGUGAACUCGGAAUCGGCGUUGGCGAAGAAGAGUGGGGAAGCGGGGAGAGGGAGGUUUUAGAGGAUUUUGUCGCCCGCACAGAUGGCCUCCUGGACUUAGUUGUCUCACGAUUUGGUGAUCCUAGUUCCUCUGACAAGGAGCCGGCAGCAAACAACAGACCGGGAGAUUCGCUGAACACAGGUGAUGGCGAGGACCGAUGGCUUGGCUCAGGAGCUUGCCCUAGGCCUGCAGAUGGCGUUAUAUUCUCAGGAGUAGGAGGAAUCUCUAGGCCGUCCCUCUUGCGAAUCUCACAAUGGAUGGAAUCAAUCUACAGAUACGGCGCCGACGCAUACGGAGUAGGCGAAGACCCAAGCUCACCACGUCGUCGAAAGCGGCGAAGAAAGCACCGCAGCAAACUAGCUGGAAGCGAUCCCACCAAGCAAACGGUGGCGGAACCUCAAGCUACGACACCCGAUCGCCCUUUCUCUCCAGGUAUACCACCUCCACUCGUGGUAGGAACAGCGGAGUCUCCGCAGGCUCCACAGAAGUCGAGCUCACAUACCAGUGGCGAGAGCUCACCAGUAGGAAGCGAUCGAGGAAACGAUUGGAUAGGCUUCAGGACAGAGACAUUUGUGAAAUAUCUUACUCUUGGCUAUGGCUCGUCUUGGGGAGUAUCGUCGGGAACAGCCAGUCCACACCCGCGAGUCGAGGCUAUAAAGCGAGAAGACAGGCCGAUGAGUCCAGACAAACAGACGGAUUUGUCUACUGAUGCUCCGGGAGCCACUAAUGGGGAGGACCCUCAGCCCAAUGAUGGCAAAAAGAUUCAGAGCUGUGGGAAAUUCCUCAUUGGCCUGCUUUCUAAUACUGACAAUCAGAGCGCACCUAUGCACGAGGGCUCUGACCCAACGGACAGUCAGACAGGGCCAUCGCAGAAUAAUAUAAACUACAGACGCUUGCACAUUCAAUUGUCAGAGUCUACGGAGCCGGCUCUAACAGGCUUAACAGAACUGCAAGUAGUAGUCUAUAUCCAUCAACCAUUCAUAUAUACAUUCCUAUUUGAUCCUGCAACCCCGACUCUAUCCGAUCUGACGCUAUAUCAGAGCAUCAGCCACCAACUCAGCCCUCUCCAUAAAUCUCUCAGCAAUUCCACAUCACCUGCCACCGCAGAACUUCGCAUUUCCAUGUCUGAUAACGCCCUCGAUAUCAACAAGCGAUUUUCCGGUAAAACGCAGCCCGUCUACAAUCUAGUCUACGACCAGACAAACUUGACAAUCCGCUCUUCAAUCCCGAACAUACCAGACCUUGGGUCCACCGUCAACGAACCCCGGGAUCCAGCCACACACCCAUGGUCGCGUGUCGAGAGCCUCAAUAUCCAUCACCGGCUCUUAAGCACCCACCUUGAAACCCGCUCGCGACCUCUCGAGGUCGAAAGAACCUGCAAGACCAGCCGCGGCUGGUGGAUCGUCUGGAUCCGAAUGUCCGAACCCCCCAGACAAGAACAAGAGAACACGGCCUCCAACGCCAGCGUUCAGACCAACACGGAGCCGGACAACAACAAUGCCCACCAGGAAGCAUUCAUCGUCCGCAGAUCCAGUGACUCCGUCUCCCCAUCCGGACACGCACGCAAUAGUAGCAGCACUCGAUUCUUCCGCGAUCUAGGCGGGGCUUCAUCGCCGGGAUUGCAGGCAUCGCGGACCGAUACAGGACCGGGGAAACUUGUCGAAGGGCUGGGCCUGGACGCAAGACGAUAUAUUGAGAACUUGCUCAGCUUGAAUAGAUAAGACACGACAUGAUAUAUAUACAUUUACGAACCAAUAAAGCGAUUCAAUUGAUAUAUUUGAUAGUCACUAUUUGCAAUGAAUAUGGU